AUGACCGCCCUUCCCACCACCUACGACGAGCCCGUCCGCAUUGCCGUCAUCGGCGGUACCGGCUUGCGCGAACUUCCUGGCUUCACCCAGGUCGCCUCCCUCAACGUCAGCACUCCCUGGGGCAACCCCUCCUCCCCCAUCACCAUCCUGCACCACAAGUGCUCCCACAACAACAAGACCGUUGCCAUUGCCUUCCUCAGCCGCCACGGUGCCCACCACCAGAUUGCUCCCCAUGAGGUGCCCGCUCGCGCCAACAUCGCCGCCCUGCGCUCCAUCGGUGUCCGCACCAUCAUUGCCUUCUCCGCCGUCGGCAGCUUGCAAGAGGCCAUCAAGCCCCGCGAUUUCGUCAUCCCCGACCAGGUCAUUGACCGCACCAAGGGCAUCCGUCCCUUCACUUUCUUCGAGGGCGGCGUUGUCGCCCACGUGCCUUUCGGCGACCCCUUCGAUGAGGGUGUCGCCAAGGUUGUGAGAGCCUGCGGACACAGCUUGGAGGGUGAUGGAGUCGUUCUUCACGACCGUGGUACCCUGAUCUGCAUGGAGGGUCCUCAAUUCUCGACCCGCGCCGAGAGCAACAUGUACCGCUCCUUCGGUGGCAGCGUCAUCAACAUGUCCGCCCUGCCUGAGGCCAAGCUGGCCCGUGAGGCCGAGAUCGCCUACCAGAUGAUCUGCAUGUCCACCGACUAUGACUGCUGGCAUGAGUCGACCGCGGACGUGACCGUGGAGAUGGUCAUGGGCCACAUGAAGGCCAACGCUGAGAACGCCAAGCGCUUUGUCACAGCUGUGCUGGACGCCUUGGCUUCCGAUGAGCACUCCGAGCUGGUGCAGGCCAAGCACGUUGAGGGCUCCAUCAAGUUCGGGCUCAGCACUGCUCAGCCCAACUGGAGCCCGGAGGCUCGUGAGCGCAUGAACUGGCUCUUCCCCGGUUAUUUCAACUAG